AUGAAUUCACAGCUUCUAGGCGCGCAGAAAAUGCCGCGUCCACAGCAAAAAGAAUUGUUAAUAGCUGCUGCCCUUUUAUUGUAUUUGGGAGCUGUAUGUUCUCAAUCAUUUGAAGUAACAACGCCAAAAGUGGAGACGUGGACAGGCCGUUGGUUGCCCGAAAGACCCCCCGUAGAAGUCGCCACAGAAUCAACUGAUGAAGAUGACUCCCACGGUGUUAAGAUGGGAGUUGCUUCUCCAGUGUGUGAUGAUGCUCGUAGCAAUCUGACUUUAGAUUGGGAUUUUUCACCAGUUAACUAUACAUGUUUUAGUAGGUUCAGAAUUAGGCCUGAUGAAAGUGUUCAACCUAUUUUGGAGCGUGAAAAUAUCCCUCGAUUUUACAUUGCACAGCAUAAAUGCAUGGACCAACCCAUCAGUUAUGACACUUUGUUGCCUACAUUUGGUACCCAUCGCCCCCUUUGGCCUCGUUAUGGAGAAUAUAAAUUUGUUCCAAGGCAAAGAUGGUUGCACAAUUUGGAGCACGGAGGAAUUGUUGCAUUGUAUCAUCCAUGUGCAAAUCCUGUGGAAGUUAAUCGUUUACGACAAUUGGUCUCGAAGUGCUUGUGGAGGCAUGUUAUAUCUCCGUCAAAUUUUCUUGAUCCAGAAAGACCCUUAGCAUUACUAGCAUGGGGUUGGCGACUGACAAUGCCUACAGCUCAAAGUGACGUUAUUCAAGAGUUCAUUCAACAGCAUGCACUGAAGGGUCCUGAAGCAAUUUCACGCGAUGGACAGUAUGAUCUUGGUCUCUUGAAUCCAGCUCAGUAUGUUUCCAACCCGGAGGAUGAUAUGCUUUGUCCAUGAAUUACUUUGCUUGAGUAAAUCUUGCCUGAAGAAAACUGUGCUACAUAAGUAUAUCAUCCUAGUGCUGCCCUUAUUACUAGUCAACUGAUACCAAGGGGUGCAAAUAUUGCUAAUAUAUAUGUUCCUCUUCAGGUUCUAGCGUGGGAAGCGUUGGUGCCCCACUUCCAGGGGCCUCGUCCUGACUGCUGUCUCCUCCUGUCCCACCUGCCUCUUCGGGAGUUGUGUCCUCCGGUUCACUGCUUGCAGGAGGGUCUGGAGGUGGUGGUACAGGCUCAGGCCGUGGCUCAGGCUGCAACACAAAGAGAAGCACAUGAGAUCGCAUAUCUUAAACCAGUUCAAUGGGAUGCCAAACAUUACUUUUUCAGUAGAAGCAGAUUUGAUUAGUUAGAUACAAACUAUAGAUUAUAAUUGCCAUUUCUAUGACAGUUCAUGUUGAAAAUAAUUUUGUGAAUGGAUAUGAAAAGAAAACCUUUUUAGAAAAAAAUAUGUCCAGUCACAUUUGCUUUAAAAUGAAUUUAUCAAUAACAAAUGAUUUACUUAUUUAUACAACAGGCUCAUUUGCCAAAAAGAAAUUAUAGAUAACACAUAGUUGAUAUAAAAAGCAAUAUGGAAAUUGAUAACAAGAACAAAACAAACUAAAUGCAAUUAAUAAAGUUACAUAACUAGUGAUAAUUAAAAUUAUUUAUCUAAAAUCUAAUAUUCUUUGUUUCAAAUAUCUCACAAAACUCGCCUCACUCAUACCUAUUUCUUCAUUACUCAAAAAUGCAUUACAAUAUCUUGUUAAAUUGAUGUAAUGAUGAACAGUAGUAUUAACUAUUGAAUCAAGUUGUUUAAGGUGUGAUGUUUGUCUUUUUAUCAAAUGAAAUAGUUUUAAAGACUCCAUUAACUAUAUAAUUAAAAUUAUCAUAAAAUAGCAUUUUUGCACCCAUC